AUGCUCUCCAACUCGGUCACAAUACAAGUGGCCGUAAGGAUGUAGCUUGUCCUACUCCUGCGACAUCUGACUCCCUCCUUCCUCUUUCUCCUACAUCUCCAUCUCACUCAAGCCACUUGACGCAUUUGACUGCCCCUAAACUUGCAGCAGCAGCAGCAGCAGCAGCAGCAGCAGCAGCAGCAGCAGCAGCAGCAGCAGCAGCAGCAGCAGCAGCAGCAGCAGCAGCAGCAGCAGCAGCAGCAGCAGCAGCAGCAGCAGCAGCAGCAGCAGCAGCAGCAGCAGCAGCAGCCCCAUUUGUUGUUUCGUAUCCUCCGGAUAGUCCUGCUGAGACACAUGAAAAUCCGUCUACAUCAGUUAGACCGAUAA